AUGGCCUGGAGUGCCAGCGCUUUCGACAACCCCGCCUCUUUCCAUAACAAGCCGGACGAGCCCCACAUGGCCACGCUGGAGCACUGGGUUAAACGCAUGGAACCUUUUAUCCGUGCCGAUCGCGACGACGAAAUCAUCUUCGUUUUCGCGAACCGUUGUGGCAACGAAGGCGACGUUUUAUACACCGGAUCUUCAGCCGUCAUCGGGAUUUGCAACGGAGAGGUCAGGGUUUACGGCGUGCUCGGUCGAGGGACCAAGCAGCUGCUCGUUGUCGAUACCGAUAAGGAGCCCUCAAUUAGGCUUGUUAGGCGGUCCGGUAAAAGAGCUGCCGACGAUAGCUGCGAUAUUAUCGGCAAUAAUUUGUUCGGGCCUGUACGUAUUGUUAAGGAGCUCGCUAUCCUUUACAAUUCCCGGAAUAUAUAUCCGACAAACGAAAUCGAUACCCGCGAAUUAGCGUUAAUUUAUAUACCGGAAAACACAGUUGAAAUUUCUACGAAUACUUCCACGAACAUUCGCCCAAAAUCGCCCAAAAAGACCAGGCAUUUGGUUUAUAUACAAACCCAAAUGCCUAUUCCCAACCGAUCGUAUCACUUUGAUUUUGCAAUACAAAAACCAGCCACCGGAAACGCGCUUGUGCAAACCAUAACCACGCUUGUAACUGUCGAAAUCACAAUUGCGGCGACGGAUGGCCUCGCACUAGAUAAUACGGCUUCGAUAAGUGAAAAGCCGUUUGCCCUAGAGGCUGCAGCGCCAGAUGGCAAUGCGGGGAAACGUUCGGCGGAUGACAAGCCAUUUGCAUCGCUUAAUGCUAAUGUAAAAAAACUGUUUAACAGGGGGUUGGUUUUUGCGGAUUCCGUAUAG